GUGUGUGCAGGAUGUUCGCUCUAUGGAUAUUGCCGCUAAUCUCUAUAGCAUCAACUCUCGGGGAGACUGACACAUCGAACACUAAUAUCACCACCUUGUACCCAGUCUCCAACAGGAACAUCAGUAGAAAUGACAUCCAUUCAAGAUUUAGCGACACUCAAACCAAACCCAGUACUACAGAAACUAUUGUUAACAAAACUGAUGUCACUAUAAAUAAAAGUGAAGCUAAUAAGACUGAAGCCAAGAAGAAUCUCCCCACACAAACUUGGAAGAUAGAAUCUUCUUUUGCACCAUCUAAUUUGACAGAAGUUAACAAUAAAACUAAGGAAUCAAAGCAACUGUUGAAAGACUUCAAGCCGAGCCAACAUCUCGGGAGCUUCUUUGAUGAUGAGAACGCUGAGGUUAUACGCACACCAGCUGUCGGUCCGGUCCAGAAGAAACCUGCUAGUGGGUUCUUAAGUCCACCAAAAGAAGUUUACUACCAGAAUCCGAGUUACAAUAACAUCCCGAAGGAGAUCUACUACACCCAUGAGGAGUUCCCUUACAAGUUCGAAGACACUAUAUACACAAAGACCAGGGAGGGUUGGCAGGACUCCCUGGACUCUAAACCCACGGUCGAAGCCCCCGUGAAGGUUCCUGCUGGAGGUCUCUACAAGUCACCAGAAGCUUUCAAGGACAAACCUCAGAGUACUGAAGAGUACGGUUUGGAGUAUCAUGAGGAGGAGAAGGAACAUGCUAUAAAGAAGCGUGUGAACCCGUGGCAGAACCUGCUUCGGCUGGUGACAGCUUUCAUCCCAGUGGGGCUGAUCAUCUCUGCGCUCACUCCCAGCGUCAUCACCAUACAUAACGUGGACGACAACAUAAAGCCUUCGUCUCUCCCGUAUCGUCGCUCGGACCCCGGCGUGACAAACAUAACACCGAUCAGCGAGCGCUGCAGGAGGAGGCUGCUCUGCGAACUGCAUUCCGAGAGGAACUACGUACCACCACGAACGCUGCCCCGGCGCACUAUGAAACAAUGUUACAAGAUCCACUGCGAGGACACGGAGGCUCUGUGGAAGAUGCUACGCUGGCUGUUCACCUACAACCAGGAGACAGGAGACCAGAGAGGACGACUUAUAACUUGAAAACAUAAUGUCUUGA